CUCCCGUUUAAUCCGAACAGAAAUGUAUGCGGUUCAACCCGGAUGCAACCGUCUGGGUCGCCAAACAGCGGAUCCUGUGUACGUUAAAUCAGACCCUGAAGGAUGUCCUGAACUACGGGCUGUUCCAGCCAGCGAACAAUGGGAGGGACGGCAAGUUCCUGGACGAAGAGCGCCUCCUUCGAGAGUAUCCCCAGCCAAUCAGCAAAGGCGUCCCGUGUUUAGAGUUUCGCUACAAGAGUCGAGUCUACCGGCAGUCCAACGUCGAUGAGAAACAGAUCGCCAAACUCCACUCUAAGGCUAAUCUAAGGAAGUUCAUGGACUUCGUUCAGCAUAAUCAGGCCGACAAAGUAGCGAAGCUGCUGGAGAGAGGAUUCGACCCAAACUACCACAAUGGCGACACUGGCGAGAGUCCGCUGACGUUCUCAGCUCAGCUGGACAACGCGGUGGAGAUGAUCAAGGUUCUGAGGAAUGGAGGAGCUCAUCUGGACUUCAGGGCCAAAGACGGGAUGACGGCGCUCCAUAAAGCUGUCAGAUCCAAGAACCAGAUCGUUCUGAUGGCCCUGCUGGAGCUCGGAGCCUCUCCGGACUACAAGGACAGCCGCGGUCUGACUCCUCUGUACCACAGCGUGGUGGUGGGGGGGGACCCGGCCUGCUGCGAGCUGCUGCUCAACCAGCACGCCUCGGUCUGCUGCCAGGAUGAGAACGGCUGGCACGAAGUUCACCAGGCCUGCCGACAUGGACACGUGCAACAUCUGGAACAUCUGCUGUUCUACGGAGCAGACAUGAGCGCCCAGAACGCCUCGGGAAAUACGGCGCUCCACAUCUGUGCCCUCUACAACCAGGAUAACUGUGCCAGAGUGCUACUUGUCCGUGGAGCCGACAAGGAGGUGAAGAACUACAACAGCCAGACUCCAUUUCAGGUGGCCAUUAUUGCUGGGAACUUUGAGCUCGCUGAGCUCAUCAAAAACCACAAAGACUCUGAUAUCGUGCCUUUCCGUGAGGCUCCGGCCUACUCCAAACGCCGGCGGGGUCCUCACUCUGGCAGCGGAAACGGCCAGUCCCCCUCCUCCUUAUCAGCGCCGCGGGUCCUCCUGCGCUCCAACAGCGACAACAACCUCUCGGUCAGUCAGCAGCAGCACGGUUCUCCUGGAAACUGGGCCCCCCAUCAGCAGCAGCGCCAACACGCCCAGCCCCACCAAUACCGGGCCCCCCAGCAGGGUCACCCGCAGCCUGGCUCCUCAGCUUUGCACCGCAGCUUGUCACCCCAGCUGGUCCAGCAGAUGCCCAGCGGCAGCCCAAAUGGCAACGUGGUGGUCCGAACCAUGGGGAGGGGGGCGAGGAGCCGCUCUCCCUCCCUCAGCCGGCUGGGGGAGGACAACAGGCGGGCUCUACCCUCACAGCGCCAGCCAAACCCGAGCAGCCACGGCGAGCCGGUCGGCACCAGGAGGAAGCUCUACAGCGCCGUACCGGGGAGAAUCUUCGUGGUGGUCCGCUCCUACACAGCUCAGGCUGAGGGGGAGAUUAACCUGUACAAGGGUGACCGGGUCAAAGUUCUGAGCAUCGGAGAGGGGGGGUUCUGGGAGGGCAGCGCCCGCGGACAGGUGGGCUGGUUUCCAGCCGACUGCGUGGAGGAGAUCCCGGCCAAGGCCACCGACGAGAGGAGCUAUUCCCGAGCGGAUCGAGCUGACAGACGGAAGCUCUUCAGACAUUACACCGUGGGCUCCUACGACAGCUUUGAUGCCUCCAGUGACUGCGUGGUAGACGAGAAGACCGUGGUGCUCCAGAAGAAGGAGAACGAGGGCUUCGGCUUCGUGCUGCGGGGGGCCAAAGCCGACACGCCCAUCGAGGAGUUCACGCCCACGCCAGCCUUCCCGGCGCUGCAGUACCUGGAGUCGGUGGAUGAGGGAGGAGUGGCGUGGCAGGCGGGGCUCAGGACGGGGGACUUCCUCAUCGAGGUAAACCAGGAAAAUGUGGUGAAGGUGGGCCACAGGCAGGUGGUCAACAUGAUCCGCCAAGGUGGUAACCGACUCCUCAUCAAGGUGGUGACGGUGAGCCGGAAUCUGGACCCCGAGGACACGGCACGCAAAAAAGCUCCCCCACCCCCGAAGAGAGCCCCCACCACUGCACUUUCAAUGCGCUCCAAGUCCAUGACCUCGGAGCUGGAGGAACUCGAUAAGGUCGAGGAGAUGACGCACGCCCAGAAGACCUCACCUGUGGACACGAAGAUUGCCACUAUCAAACCUCGCCCAUCCAGUCGCUGCUUGGCCACCGAUAUGAAUUCUUUGUAUCACGACCGCCAGGGAGUCGCAGUCGUCCCACCCACUGUGCCGGGACCCUACCUGGGCUUACCUGAGAAGGGCACGAUAAGGAAGCAGAAGUCAAUCGGCACAUCAGAGGAUGAGAAACAGGGACUCCUCACUCCUCCCCCUCUAAAGUUCUCCCGCAGCCUCUCUAUGCCGGAUACCUCAGAGGACAUCCCUCCUCCCCCAGCCAAUUCACCACCUUCACCACCUGCCUACAACUCCGCAGCCGGCUCUACAGCCAAAAGCUACGGCACUUCACGACCGAGCUUCAUCCAGAACUCGCCAAAUGCAGUGACAACCAUCAGCCGAACCACUGACGUUGGAACAUUAAGGCGUGGAUAUUUCCGCCAGAGCUCUGAGCAAUUUGAGAGCACACGCACUCGAGGGCGCACGCCAGUGCCUGAGAACCCGUACUCUGAGGUGGGCAAUAAGACCCUAUAUGUUCCAGCAAAACCAGCCAGAAGGAAGGGAAUGCUGGUCAAACAGUCUAAUGUUGAAGACAGUCCAGAGAAAACUUGUCAUGUGCCAUCAAGCCCAUCAGGACCAGUGUCCAUGCCAACUACACCCAUAGAAAGGACAUGCUCCUCCAUUCCAAUUCCCACUAUCAUCGUCAAAGAGCCUUCCACCAGCAGCAGUGGCAAGAGCAGCCAGGGUAGCAGCAUGGAGAUUGAGCCCACCACCCCUGAACAUCCACCUCUGACGCCCUCCGUUGGUGGGUGUUUGCGCCCUGACGACCCUCUUUCUCUCAACCCUUUUGCAGCUGCUAUCGCUGGGGCAGUUCGGGACCGUGAGAAGAGGCUAGAGGCAAAAAAGAACUCCGUAGCCUUCCAGUCAAUAGACAUAGGAGAUGAUGAGAUGAGUGGUCCCACGCCAACCCCUCGCCUUCGCCAGUCUAAGUCUAUAGAUGAAGGCAUGUUUAGUAGUGAUGAACGCCUAAGACGAAUAUUGGCACCCCUUUCUACGGUGCAGCUUGGACCCCCAGUUGGUGGAGGUAGUGGAAAUAUGACAGAUUUCAACUCUCCUGAGCCCACUGUGGUCCGGGUGCCUCUGAACACCAGAACAGGACAAUGUCCCAAUCUGGACAGUCCAGUUAGCCUCCCAGCCACUCCUCCUAAGAGCCACUACAAGGCCAAUGGGACCUACCUCCAUCCUGUCACUGGUAAACCCUUGGACCCUAAUUCUCCCCUUGCUCUGGCUCUGGCAGCCCGUGACCGGGCAAUGAAGGAACAACAGAGCCAUCCACAGAAUCAGUCAACCAAUCCUCCUCAGGGUCAGCAAACGCCCAAGCAUGAAGCCCAGUCUCUGCCUCAUCAACAGAGUCACAAACCAGACCUCAACCAACCACUUUUUAUCGACACCAAACUACGCUCUGGAAUUGAGACAAGUUUUGCUGCAAUCUCCACUGCAACCAUGGGCCGACCGGGCCGGGGUGGUCUCCGGAGACAGAUGACAGAGCAUAAGUAUGAGUCCAAUGGAGCGCGGGAAGAGCGGGCACAUAAGCCAGUUGAGGAGAGGAAAAGUGCACCGGCUAAUGUAACAGAUUCAUCGCAGCAAAAGUCAACUGGUUUGUUGAUGGUCCACACGAGCAACGAAGCAACAAGCCACAAAGCAAACAACCAGGAAGUAGAUAUACAGGACAGCAACCGGCCAUCCGAAUUAAAGGACCCCAACCAGCUUGAUCCCCACAAUACUCCAACCUUGUCCAUCAGUCCUCAGAUAGCCACAUCACGCAGGAGAAGUAUUCCUUUAGGUGAAUCUUUAGAAGAACCAGUAAAACUACCGUUCCGUAUUCCCCCUCCACCUCUUGCCUCGGUGGACAUAGAUGAGGAGUUUGAGUUUUCAGAGCCCCUCCCUCCACCACUAGAGUUUGCUAACAGUAUUGACAUUCCUGAUGACCAGGCCAGUGCUAUCGCCGAGAUGAUUCAGCAGCAGAGACUGAACGGAGGACAUCCUCUACCCCCCUACCAUCCUCAUGCUCCACCACCUGUCUUUGACCAUCAUAAAAGGGUAGCAAACAGCCUGCCCCCUACCUAUCAUCCUGCUCCACCUGAACCAGAGUCGGGAGUGGCUGACUCGGGCAUUGAAGAGGUAGACAGUCGCAGCAGUGGGGAUCCUCAGCACAUGGAAACCACCAGCACUGUUUCCAGCAUCUCCACCCUGUCAUCAGAGGGCGGUUUCUGCGACAGCGCUAUGGAGAGUCUCUAUGCCACUGCAGACGGACACGCCUUCCUGGUGGAUCGGCCCCCUGUCCCUCCCAAACCCAAGGGCAAGUCCGUCAUCAACAGAACAUCACUUUAUCACGAUGCACUCAUUGAAGAGCCUCCAGAGUCCUACAGUUCACCGCCUCAAGCCCCUCCCCCUCCCCCAUCAUCCUCUGAGCCCCCCAAGACUCCAUCUCAAAGGACAUCCAAGCUGUGGGGCGAUCAGCCCCCUGAGCUACGUAGUCCACCAUCCACGCCUGACAGCAAGAACACCGUGAUAACCGAGCUGAGCUCCAUUCUGCAGCACAUUAAUCGCGACAGGCCGACCAAGCCAGGAGACAGCCUGGACUCCCCCACAGGGACCAGAGGGGGCUUUGCAACCAGGUACAAAAAGCCUCCCACAGAUGACUCAGGGAUGCGAAACGCUGCCGCCCUCACCUCCACGCCCCCCAGCAGCCUUCCCUCACAGACGCACCCCUGCAGCCCGCCAGACUCUGCCUCCUCCCUCACCCCCUGUUCCUCGCUGCCCCCCUCUGUGUCCCCCACCCUCACAGAUGUCUUCGGCCUUCCCACUCCCCCGAUGGGCAGCGGUGGUGCCUACAGCCUGAGCUCGUCGUGCGGCGGUAGUGGUAGCUCGCGCUCCCCGUCGCCGCUCACUCUGUUGCAAGCGGUGGCGGCAUCGGGGAAGCCCUUCGCCUCCAAACCCGUGGAGCUGUGGAGCAAACACGACGUGGCAGACUGGCUGGAGAGCCUGAACCUGGGGGAGCACAAGGAGGCGUUCCUGGACAACGAGAUUGAAGGAGCCCAUCUGCCCUCGCUGCAGAAGGAGGACCUGAUAGACCUGGGUGUGACGCGAGUGGGCCACCGUAUGAACAUUGAGAGGGCUUUGAAGCUACUGCAGGACAGAUAAACCCCCUCCCCUCCCCCGCAGAUGGGGAGCAACGUGAGGUGUCCAGCAUGAAGAGGAGGAGGGGGUGUUCCCGGUCACUUUAACCACCUCUUCAUCAGACACAAGCUCAAGUCACAGGACAGGUGGAGGUGUCGUCCAAGCUGAAGCUGCCUCGCUGUUUAAGUCUUCUCAUCCUCCGUAGUCGCCCCAAUCUCAGCGCUCCAGUUUCUCCACCUCCUCCCCCCUCAGCGUUGGGGGAGGUCCGGAGGAACUGCAGGGGGGGGGGGGGGGGGGGGGGGGGGUGUGAAGGGAACAGCUUCUACAUCACUGGACAGGAGGAUUAUUGGAAGGACUGUCCAGAACCCUCUGGAAUACAACAAACUCUAGAAAACCAAACAGCUCCCCCUCCCUCUUUGGAAUACUAAGACUCUGUCCGUGUCCCCAUCGAGGACGCGCCAAGGUCCAGCUGAGCUGGUCGUUGCUCCUUUUCUAUCUUUGCUAGAGUUUGUUCAGAGAAUAUUUCUUCACUAGAGUCCAAAAGGACUUCUGUUUCUGGCUGCAGCCGAGGUUGUAGAACAAAAAUACUCCUUCCUGUUGCUUCUCACCUCUUUGUUUCAAAAUAAGAGCAUCAGAACGAAGAAUGAAUCACAUGUUUACUCACAUUUAACCACAGAUCACACACUGUAUGCACACUCUGAGCACACACAUACACUCACAUGUACACACACGGGUAUAGAGAUGUGAGUGGAGGAUGAAGAGCAUGAUGAUGAUGAUGAAACAAAACUAACGAUGGAUCUGAAUUUCUCACCUUGAAAUAUUUGUCCUGCUUUUUUGGCUGAACAAACGUCCUUGUUCUGUCCUGGCCUUUCCUCCUAGCUCUGUGUGUGUGUGCAUGCCUGCCUGCAUGUGUGUGUGUGUGUGUGUGUGUGUGUGUGUGUGUGUGUGUGUGUGUGUGUGUGUGUGUGUGUGUGUGUGUGUGUGUGUGUUUCCCAGAAGCUCACAACGGCCCAUUUAGUCGUUUUCCAUAAACCUGCCAUGUCGGCCACAGUGUGGAGGAAACAGAACCGUUCCUGUUUUUCUUCAUCCAGUCCUCUCCUCCUAACUAGUUCCUGGUCAUGUGACCCAACAGCCACGCUAAAGUGAUGCUAACGCCAGGUUCAAAGGUUGAAGGCUGAGCUUUUAUUAGAGAAGUUGCAGAAAACAUUUUGGGAAAUACAUCCGAUUGUUUUCUUCUUUGUUGCUAAAAAAAAUGUUGUGAGAAACUUCUAGAUUAAAAAAGAAUUUUGUAGACAAGAUAAAAUGACAUUUUAAAAGAAUCAUUUUCUGAUGUUUUUGUUUUUCAGCUGCAGCAAACUCAUUCACAAGGAAAUAAGGAACUGAAUCCUUGACUUCUAUUUAAUCCUGGUUUGUUUCUUGGCUGCCCCAUUUCCCAUGAUUCCUUGUACAAAGUGCUUUUGCAGAAGCCAGUUUGUCUUACAACAACAUAUAAAGUAAAACUCAGGAACACAUGUCAUGGUUUUAUCGAACCAGUCAAACGAAAGCAAUGAAGCUAAUUCAGUUAAUUUACCUUUGCUAUGUUUAUCUUCAAGUAAAAUCCCCGAAACGCUCUAGACCUAUACAAAUCAGAUUUAAGCUAGCUGCUAAAUUUAUGAACGUAAAAGUUCUUUAGGACACACUUUGAUUUUGGUUGAUAGUUAGCAUUAGCGCAGCUAAUAAGCUAACAUUAGGAUCCCAGAACAUGAAGAAUUCUCACAUUAAUUUUUAAAGUCAAAUGAAAAUUUUAAGUAAGAAAUAUGAAAAUAAAAUUCUGAUUCAGGUUUUUCUAAACAUGCAAAAAUAGUUUUAGAGACAGAAGCUAAAUGUUAGCAGCAAACUUUAGCCACACAAGGGUUCGCUAAUUUACUCUAAAGCUAAGAAACUGUUAACUUUAAGUAACUUUCAGUUACUUAAGAAACAAAGUUUUAGUUUUUGAAGAAAACUGUGUGUGUUUCCCAAAAUGUUAAUUCAUUAAUGGUUCAGUGGAACAUUUUCAGGAUUUAAGAACCUGAACUUGGGUUUUUAAGCGCUUAAAAAUGAAAGAUUUUAAAAUAUUUAUUACAAAUAUUAUCUGAACACUUUGUGCACAUCUCUCUGUUAGAUCAUUGAACUUAUGGACCUUGAAGAUUGAAUUUAAAUGUUUUAUUUAUUUUGUGUAAAAAGAGCUGGAGAAGAAAUCAGCUAAAAAAGAAUCACAAAUGAUUUUAAUGUUAAUCGUUUUUGAAAAGAUAAUCAGUGAGUUGAGUAUGAGUUCAGAGGUGAGGCGUUUUAGGGCCAGAGUGAAAAAAAAGACGAGGAAGUGGAACCCGUUCUGCUCCAGAACCGACAGUUUCUGUUGUGUUUUUAUUAUUUUAACUGAGCGUGUUUCUAGUUAAUACAUUAAUUUUAAAAUAAGAUACAUUUUAUCACAUAUUAAGUUGGUUACUUCUGCAGCAGUGUCUACACCAAAGGACUUCCUGUAAUCCUUCACAAUAAGAGUCCCAAAACAUUUAAAGUUAAAAAAUUGUUUAUUUUGACCUAUGGUCACGAGCUUUGGGUAGUGAUCAAAAGAAUGAGUUUUCUCUGCAAGGGGGCAUGGCGCUCUCUUAGAGAUAAGGUCGGAAGCUCUGUCAUCCGGGAGGGGCUCAGAGUAGAUCCGCUGCUCCUCCACACUGAGAGGAGCCAGUUGAACUGGCUCAGGCAUCUAGUUAGGAUGCCUCCUGGACGCCUCCCUGGUGAGGUUUUCCAGUCAAGUCCAACUGGGAGGAGACCUAAAGGGAGACCCAGGACACGCUGGAGGGACUAUGUCUCUCCUGACCAGGAAAUGCCUUGAGGUUCCCUGGUCAGGAGAUUCCAUUCAGGAUAAGCGGGAGAGAAUGAAUGAAUGGAUGGAAAAUGGUUUAUUUUUGUUGUUUUCUGGUAAGACUUAAAGAUUUUUAUUAACUUCAGAUGUAAAAUUUUAUUUGAUACUCUUAUUGUGAAGGACUGGAGGAAGCAACGAGUUUGAAUCCUUUAAGCUCCAUGGUUUUUUUUCCCCUUUUGGCCCUAAAACUGUCAUAUUUCAGCGACUGGAUGCAGGCGGUGUGAGCUCUGAUCCGUUCUGAUCUCCAGUCUGUUCACGCAGCCUAUCAGAACCAGACAGAGUUGGUUCCGAGUCGGUCCCUGUAACCGGGCUUUAGAAACGGGUCCGUUUAGAAUCAGCUGGAGGUUUUAGCUGAGCCUGUAAAUAAGAGUGUUUAGAGGAUAAAGUGUCUAUAUGGUUUUUGUGUAGCUCUAUGAAAACAUUCAGAGGGUUCUAUGAGGGUAAAUUCUAGUUUCUGACCGAAAGCCUUGUUCUGACCCUCCCCGACCCACCCAUCACCCUACAGAGGACGCCUUAAGAAGCUCCGUCCCACCACCUGCUUCAUUGUGUCGCGACCCGCCUGCGGUUCUGUUUGUGACCUGUUUCAGAACAAGUCCGGUUCCAUGUCGCGCUUCAUGCAGCUUUCCGAGGAGAUGAAACAUUCACAACCUCUGUGUUCUGUGAACAUUGGCCCUACGGUGGCCGGUUUGGGACAAUGCUGCUAAAAUCCGGCAGCAGCGCGUCGGAGGCUAGAAAAGCACAGUAUUUUUAAAGAUUUGUAUAGAGUUCUAUGAAAUUUUAUAGAGGUUAUCUGAACAAAAACUGUUCAGCCCUGAUGCUUGGAUUGCCAAAAACAGAAAUAAUAUAUACGUAGAUUACAAAUGUGGAUUAUUAUUAUUAGAUUUAUGGGUUAUAUAAGAAGCAAUAUUUAUUCUGAAUGAAACUCUUUGGUUGUGUUUUAUUUUUCCAUUUUAAAGUUGCAUAUCAUGAGUGUUUUAUUGACUUGUUGCCUAAAGCGGAUCCACUCGAGUGCAGGAGACAGAACCAACCGAGCCCCAGGUCUCCUGCCUGACGUGUCAAACCCCUGAUUUAGUUUGUGUAUAAACUGAGGAAAAUGUACAUUUCUAAGAGUUUCUCUCAGUAGGAAACUUUAAUGUUUGUGUGAACAUAAAUGCACCAAAACGAUUAGCAGCUGCAGUGGAAACGUAGAGCUGAGUAGACGUAGGAAUCUUUAAAGCGCUUUUUCACCGGGUCGUGUUGUUCUGACGUGCACGACCCACUGACCCACUUUCACUCUCCUUCUAAACACUUUCUCAUCGUCUGACAUUUGAGGAGCUUUCUUUUAGUUUUUCUUUCUCUCCUGGUUUUUCUUUGUUCUUGAAUAGAUUUUAUUCUUUAAGUCUUCAUAGAGGCUAAGAUGUUUUGGGUAAUUUGUGCAAACUUGUGUUCAUGUUUUCUAUGUUGCUGUAAUUUUGUGCUGAUAAAUCAUCAUAGAGUCGACUAAAUACUGAAACUAAGAGUGAAGUUUUCUGUAAAAGCACUCUUCCCCCCUCCAGACUUCUUGUAUGGCAACCAAAAUUCACUGUAAGAAAUAAAUAUAAUAUUGCACUAGUGCUGCUUC